AUGGAGAACAGUUUUCCCCAAUACCAAUCUUCUUUAGGGUUCUUUGGAAUCAUCAGGGAGUCUCUGAAAACCACAAGCAGAAAUGGGAAGCUGCUCCUUCCAAUCCUACUCUUUGUGUUUCUUGCAUGCUCUCAGUUAGAUUUUGCUCAGAAGUAUAUACUUGCACCUGUGGCUAAAGAUUUUGUGUUGCAGUUGGCUAAACACCCAAAUAUGGUUCAUGACCUCACUUACAACAUCGAUCAAACCACUUAUGUUGGUGCACUUGAUGACGUUCGUGAAAUACUUCUUGUCAAACUCUUGAUCCUGGUCAUUUCUUCUGUCAUUUCACUAGUUUUCUUGGUAGCCACAGUUUCUUCUUCAUCAGAAGCUUACACUGCCAAAGUAUUAAGCCCAAAAGACUUAUUCUUGAAAAUAAAAACAAGUUGGAAAAGACCAUUGGUCACCAGUUUUUACAUGAUUUUGCUCACUUUGGGUAUCAUCUGUCUUUACAUAAUUUCAAUUGGCAUAACCUCCAUCUUGGCAGUGAAUUCAUGGGCGGUUUUGUUUUUUGGAGCUGUCACUCUUUCGAUCCCAGUUUGCUACUUCUAUGUAGCUGCCCUUUGGAUGGUAAGUGUGGUUGUUUCGGUUUUAGAAGAUGGUUUUGUUGGUAUUAAAGCGAUUGGGAGGGCCGCAGAGCUGAUGAAAGGCAAAAAACUACAAGCGUCGCUGAUGAUGGUUCUUUAUGCCAUGUUCUAUGUCGUCGUUCAUAUGACGGCUAAUGCCCUUACAAGCUAUAAUCUGAGCCGGAGCACACGGUUGGCUAUCACCAUUCCUUUCACAAAUGGAUUGUUCUGCUUGUUGAAACUCUUUAUGUUUGUGGUUUAUACUAUUUUCUACCAUGAACGAAAAACAAGCCAUGACCAGAAGGAAGGGAAAGGCUUUUAUGUUCCUAUUGCUGCUGGUGAUCAAGCUUAG